AUGGCGGACGACCGGACCGAUCGACGGCGGCGAAUGCAGCAGCAGCAACAGCAGCAGUCGUCGUCGUCGUCGUCGCACAAGCGCAGGCAGCAGAAGCAGAGAGAACAGAAAAAUCAACGUGACACCGACCACCAUGAACGGCAUCAUCGCCUGCCAGUCACGGACCUCUCCGAGCUGCUGACAGCUGAUGCUCAAGGGUGCGUGCUACGAGCUAUGCUUGGACACGCCCAUCAUAAUGCGCACCACCGCAUGGCUCAGCAUCUUCGCCUCUCCUUGGUGCCCGGCUUAGCCCUGUACGAUGAAUCUGAAGAUGACCAGGAUGCGGAACUUGAAGGCAUCCGGCUGUUACUACGACUCGAGUCUGAGCACCUCUUGCACGCCUCAUCAGAUGCCCACGACUCGGCCGUGACCCAUGUUCAGCAACAGCAAUGUCGAAACGCGCGCACUGACGAUCAUCACGUCAUCCAGGAAUUGCAAAUAGCUUUGGACCGCCUCGCGACCUUGGACUGCAACAUCAGCCCACCGACGCUCGAUGCUUACCUACGCCUCUCGUCCAAUGCCCAUGGCCUCUUUGCCCCUGAAUGGAUCGACGUCGCCGUAUGCGCCUGCACAGACGGAUUGCAGUUGAUCAACCAUAGUUGCUUGCCCAAUGCGGCUUUGGAUUACGAGGCUAGCCUGGCACAAAGCCGGGCCGAACAUCGACCCGUCAUUGUGCUGCGUGCCAUUGUAGCCGGCUUGGCUCAUGGUUCUGGCUCAACGCUGAAACUUGCUGUGCGCGUGCUUACAGUCAAGCCAAGUGACGUGGUAACCAUCUCUUACGUCAACUUGACCUGGUCCCUGAAUCGUCGUCAAAGAUAUCUCAUGGACACAAUCGGGUUUGUCUGGCACAUCUGCUUCUGUCUGAUCAACGGGUCUGAUCAGUGA